CAACCUGAUUCCCGGGAAAGGUUGGGAAUUCAUGGAGGAGCGGGAUGAUGAGGAGUGGGAUGAUGAGGAGGAGGAAGAGGAGCUGGAAGAGCUUCGAGCGCCUCAGGGGGACAGGGUGAUCGUGCACCUGGACUUGGAUUGUUUCUACGCGCAGGUGGAAAUGUUGCGGAAUCCCGAUUUAAAAACCAAGCCUUUAGGAGUGCAGCAAAAAUCCCUGGUGGUCACCUGUAAUUACGAAGCCAGGAAAUUUGGGAUUAGGAAGCUGAUGGGAAUCCGGGAGGCCAAGGAAAAAUGCCCUCAGCUCGUCCUGGUGAAGGGAGAGGAUUUAACUCCUUACAGGGAAAUGUCCAAUAAAGUCACAGGUAAAAAAAAUUCCUUCUUUUUUUUUUAAUGGGUAAUUUCCAUGGUUUUUUUUUGGUGGAAUUAAAAGCAGAAUUCCUGAGGGGAAAAACGCCUUGAAUUCCUGAGGGGGAAUUGGGGAAGGGAGAGAUUUUUGGGAUAAAAUUCCUUUUUUCUCAGGGGAUCGAGAGAUUUUUGGGGAUAAAAUUCCUCUUUUCCCAGCUUGUUUUUCCUCAGGGGAUCGAGAGAUUUUGGGAUAAAAUUCCUUUUUUCUCAGGGGAUCGAGAGAUUUUGGGGAUAAAAUUCCUUUUUUCCUCAGGGGAUCAAGAGAUUUUUUGGGAUAAAAUUCCUCUUUUCCCAGCUUGUUUUUUCUCAGGGGAUUGAGAGAUUUUUGGGAUAAAAUUCCUCCUUUUCCAGGUUGAUUUCUCAGGGAAUCGAGAGAUUUUGGGGAUAAAAUUCCUUUUUUCUCAGGGAAUCAAGAGAUUUUUGGGAUAAAAAAGUUCCUCUUUUCCCAGCUUGUUUUUUCUCAGGGGAUCGAGAGAUUUUGGGGAUAAAAUUCCUUUUUUCUCAGGGGAUCAAGAGAUUUUGGGGAUAAAAUUCCUUUUUUCUCAGGGGAUCGAGAGAUUUUUGGGAUAAAAUCCCUCUUUUCCCAGCUUGUUUUUCCUCAGGGGAUCGAGAGAUUUUGGGGAUAAAAUUCGUUUUUUCUCAGGGGAUCGAGAGAUUUUGGGAUAAAAUUCCUUUUUUCUCAGGGGAUCAAGAGAUUUUGGGGAUAAAAUUCCUUUUUCUCAGGGGAUCGAGAGAUUUUGGGGAUAAAAUUCCUCUUUUCCCAGCUUGUUUUUCCUCAGGGGAUCGAGAGAUUUUGGGGAUAAAAUUCCUUUUUUUCUCAGAGAAUUGAGAGAUUUUGGGGAUAAAAUUCCUCUUUUCCCAGCUUGUUUUUCCUCAGGGGAUCGAGAGAUUUUUAGGGAUAAAAUUCCUCUUUUCCCAGCUUGUUUUUUCUCAGGGGAUCGAGAGAUUUUGGGGAUAAAAUUCCUCAUUUUCCAGGUUGUUUUUCCUCAGGGGAUUGAGAGAUUUUGGGGAUAAAAUUCCUUUUUUCUCAGGGGAUCGAGAGAUUUUUUGGGGAUAAAAUUCCUCUUUUUCCAGGUUGUUUUUCCUCAGGGGAUCGAGAGAUUUUGGGAUAAAAUUCCUUUUUCCUCAGGGAAUCGAGAGAUUUUGGGGAUAAAAUUCCUCUUUUUCCAGGUUGUU